AUGCCUGGCUUCGACUUCUCCAACUACAACCGCAACGCGGCGCUUCACGCCAGGGGUGUCCCACUUCCCAAAGCUACCAGUACAGGUACCACAAUCGUGGGAUGUAUUUACGAUAAGGGCGUUGUGAUCGCCGCAGAUACCAGAGCCACAAGUGGACCUAUAGUAGCAGACAAGAACUGCGAGAAGCUCCACUACAUUGCCCCAAAGAUCUGGUGUGCCGGUGCCGGUACAGCCGCCGACACUGAAUUCACCACUGCCCUGAUCAGCUCAAAUGUCGAGCUGCACUCCCUAUCUACAGGCCGUGACCCCCGUGUCAUCACCUGCAUGACGAUGUUGAAGCAACACCUCUUCCGCUACCAGGGCCACAUCGGUGCUUACCUGGUUGUUGCAGGCGUGGACCCAACAGGCACAGGCCUGUACACUGUGCACGCGCACGGUUCGACAGAUAAGCUACCAUAUGUCACUAUGGGAUCUGGAUCAUUGGCAGCGAUGUCUGUGUUCGAGUCGACAUGGCAACCUGAUCUGGACCGGGACGGUGCCGUGAGCCUUUGUGCGGAGGCUAUCAAGGCCGGUAUCUUCAACGAUUUGGGCUCCGGUAGCAAUGUCGAUGUUUGUGUCAUUGAGAAGGACAAGCCUACUCAGUUGCUGCGCAACUACGAGAAGCCGAAUGAGCGUGGACACAAGGAACGCAACUACCGUUUCCCACGUGGUACGACAGCUGUGUUGAACGAGAGGGUUAUCAGCAAGGAGGAUAUGAAUAAAUAUGUCACUAUCGAGAACCUUUCUGGGGACACUAGUCUUGCGGAGAAUAUGGAGGUGGAUAGCUAG